AUGCAGAGAAUUAAGCUGUUGUUUCACUGUCAAGUCGAGAAGAUCGAAAUACGAGGCUUUCGUGGAAACUUGUGGGCGCACAUAACUUUAGGAUUAGACUUACCACUCGUUGAAGAUUUUGAUCCUGCCGAAGAUGCUAUAGCUUUGGAGAAGGCUAUGAAAGGAAUUGGAUCGGAUGCUCAAGCAAUCAUUGACAUUCUCGCUCAUCGCUCCUCAUCGCAGAGAAGAGAAAUUGAGUGCGUAUAUAAAGCUCAAUUUGGUAAGGACCUACAAGACGAGCUUGGUCAUGAGCUAAGUGGCAAAUUCAAACAGGCAGCUCUCUGGUCUUUUGGAGACAAGGCUCACGUAAACGCGAUGGCCCUAUUCAAGGCCAUUGAUAGAGCAGGAACCGAUGAGCUGAUGCUCAUCGAUGUGCUUUGCACGGCAACCAACGAGGAAAUUGAGGAGAUUAAAGAAGCAUACGAGGAUGCUUCUAGUAGGAACUUGGAGAAAGAUGUGAAGGAUGACACGUCAGGCGACUUCCAGAAGGUGCUCAUUGCUCUGCUCCAGGCAAGUAGAGAGGAAAGCUAUGACGAGGAUCAGGCGAAAAGUGACUCUUUUGAACUUUAUCAAGCUGGUGUGGGAAAACGUGGGACAGAUGAGAGCACUUUCACGCGAAUUUUAUGCACUCGAAGUUGGGAACAGCUGAGGAAAAUAGACGAGAUUUACAGUGAGAACUACGGGCACAAUCUUAUUGCAGCAAUUGCAAAAGAAACUUCGGGUGACUACAAGAUGGCCCUAACACGUAUAAUGGAAACAGCAACAGACCCCGACGAUACCGUUGUUAAGAUGCUCUACAAAAGCAUGAAGGGUGUGGGUACCAACGAUGACAGUCUCAUUAGAAUUAUGCUGGCCCAUGCUGAGCACGAUCUGGCCACACUGAAGAAACUCUUUGAAGAGAAUUACGGCAAAACGCUGGCGGAAAUGGUCAAAGGUGAUACUUCUGGCAAUUACAGGAAGUUUCUUCUCGCAAUCCUGGAACAAGAUGAGGAUUGA